AUGUCUGAGGGAUUUACGUUCGCGGACAGAUCCGCUCUUCGGAGUGUUUACAUUCGUGAUAGGCAGGAGGCUGGGACCCGUGGCCUCGACUUUGCCUCUGCAGAUAGAACCUUCAAUUAUGGCCAGGAGACAUUCUCGGAUCGCAUUUACAACUACCGCACGGGGAGUCAGGAAAAAAAGGAUACAAACGGCGGAGGGGUCAAAGUCAGAGACGCGACGGAUCGAGGUCUUGGUAUAGGUGAGGGUGGUGCGGCCCUCGGGUUAGCGCGGUGGCUCGUAAACGGUAACGACGCUGCCUUUGCGACAGUCGCCAUCUUCCUCUUCGGUGUCGUGUCUACGAUUGCCGUCCACGUUGCGUACCACUUCAACACGUAG